AUUUUGAAAAGGGAAAGCAAUCACUCUGUGUUUCCUAUACCUAUAUGGAUUAUUGUAAUUUAUCUUACAUUAAUAAUCUUAAUUACCUUCACUUCAUUUUUACCGCCUGCAUCUGGCCAAUUAGAUUAUUAUAUACCGUAUGUCGUAUCUGUGGCAGCAAUACUUUUAGGAGGAUUCGUUUGGUGGCUUCGUUCUAAAGAUCUGGAAGAUUCGAAUAGUCCAGAAGAUCAGAAAAGUUCGGAAGAUCCAGAUGGUCCGGAAAUUCCGAAAUAA